CGCAACAGCCCCGCCCCCUUCCAAGAUGGCGGCGCGCGGCAGGGCAGCCCGUGUGUGCCGCGAUUGGAACCAGGUGGCCUCUGCCCCACAGCUCUGGAGGAAGGUGACACUUGGGGGGCAGUGCUGGGGGGCAGCGCCCCAUAAGCGCCUGCCCCACACGGUGAUGGGCACCGUGAACUGGUUGGUGGAGAGCAGGUUCUCGAUGCUGCAGGAGUUUGUUCUGUGUGGUUGGAAGAGCCACGUGGGCUUCGUGCUGCAGGCUCUGGCCGAGCGCUGCCCCCCCCUGCGCUCCCUGGAGCUGAGUCAGUGCGAGGUGGACCCCCCCACCCUGGGCCGGUUCCUGGCGGACGCUGGGUCCCAACUGCAGCAGCUGCGGCUGAGAUGUGGGGCGAGACUGGGACCUGUGCUGGGGGCACUGGCGUCCGGUUCCUGCCCCCACCUCCGUGUCCUUGACCUCGACGCUGCCCCCGAUGGCCCAGCCCCCCCCUUGGUGUUACCGGUGGAGCGGCUGCAGACGGCGUGCAGGAAGCUCGAGGUCCUUCGCCUCCAGGGUCUCUCCUUGACCCCUCCCCCCCCCCGCCCCUCCCCAUUGACCCCCAUUGACCCGGGGUCAGGGUUCAUGUUGCUGCGGGAGCUGAGCCUGCGCGGCGCCGGCUCCGGCGUCACCGAUUGGCUCUUGAGGUCCUUCGCCUCCAGGGUCUCUCCUUGA